UAUUUACAUUAAAAAUUUGGUAAAUUCGAUUAAAAUGCACAAUACAGAAGAUAAUUUGGAUAAAAGUGACAAAAAAUUAACUGAAGAUAUUCAAAAUAUGGAGAAUUAUAAAAGUCUCUAUAAAGAAUUACAGAAAUUGGUAGCAUCAAAAUCGGUGCAAAAGGAAGAUUUCAGAAAUUCAUUAUUAGAUGCAAUUAAAACAAAUGGACUCGAAUCAGAAAUACGAAAUACCGUUUUUCAUUGGGCUAGAUCUAAAGGGCCAUUACAGCCAAAAAUAGAGACACCAAUUGGCGAUGCUGAUUUAAGUUAUUUGAAGAAAACUCAAAUACAGUGGGAACGUAGAAUACAAAAAUCUUUAAAUUCUAUGUGCAAUGAACUUAAUGUACCAUUGGCGCGAAUUCGACCCAAUUCAGAAAGGGAACAAUUGUUGGAAAAAUGGAAUGAACUCAGUACCUAUGACAUUGAUUUAUCGCAAUAUAGACCUCUAUAUGCUCCAAAAGAUUUUUUAGAAGUUUUAUAUUCAAUUAGGGAUCCGGCUUUUAAAAAGCAGUUAAAUGAGCCUAAUUGGGAAUUUAGUCAUAUACAAAUUAGAGUUAAGAAUUUGGAGGAAUUGAGAGCGAUAUAUACGGAUAUAUCCGAUGGGGCACCUUUGUUGGGUGUCAAUCCAAAUAUGCCGGCUAUUGGAAAUUAUGCAACUUAUGAAGAUGAAAGGACUGAAUUGGGAGAAAAAAUUUUAAAAUCAAAUCACUCGCCACUUGCUCAAGAAUUUUUAAAACGCGGUUGUCCCAUUGCAUUGAGAAGUCGAAUUUGGUCCCUUAUUUUGGGGACAAUUAUCAAAGAUAAUGACAUUGAAUAUUAUAAUGAAUUAAAAGGAUUGGUUGCGCAAUAUGAUAUAAUGGUGGAUAAAUUAAUAAUUAAGGACGUUCAAUUGACAGCAAGAAAUGAUGAUCAAUAUUUUGUAUUUGAAGAUAUUCUUUAUCAAACAAUGUUGUGUUUCUCAAGGGAUUCAGAAGUCUUGGCACCUGUAACAACGGAUCGAAGUGCAGGUGGUCAAGUGAUUCAUGCCGUUUUACAAGGGAAACCCACCACUCUUGAAAAUACUUUAGUUUUCCCGCCUAGUGGAGUUAUUCCAUUUCAUGGUUUCACUAUGUAUGGAAGUCCUUUCUGUUAUUUAUACGACGAUCCUUGUGCAAUGUAUUAUACAUUUCGUGCAUUUUAUUUGCGAUAUUGGUUUCGCCUUCACACUGUAUCAUGUCAUGGACAGGGUAUUGUGGCUCUUUGUCUUCUCUUUGAACGUCUUUUACAAUGUCACGAGCCUCAACUUUGGUCACAUUUCAAAAAUAUACACAUUCAUCCAGUUAAAAUUGUAUUCAAAUGGUUAAUGAGAGGAUUCAGUGGUUACUUACCACCGGAACAACUUUUAUAUUUAUGGGACUUGAUUCUGGGCUAUGAUUCCUUGGAAAUUAUUCCACUAUUUGCAGUAACAAUUCUCAGUUUCCGGAAAGAAAAUAUAAUGCAAGUUAAUACAUUAAGCAAUGUUGAGGCAAUUUUAGCUGAUCUUUCAUCUUUAAAAGUGAUGCCCUUGCUGCAGUUAGUUCUUCUGAAAGAAUAAUAGUGUACCAAACAGAAAAAUGUUUAAUUCAAAAUAACCUAUAUAAUUAAAUGUUUUAUAACCUUAAAAAAAUAAAUAAAUUCACCUAUUCAUCACUAAA